AUGCUGGAUGGACACCUACUCCUGGGAUGGUUAUCACUCACCGUUAUAGUGCACCUUUUCAGCUUGCCUGGACCGACCUCAGCCUAUUUCGGGCUGACAGGUAAUGAACCCUUGUCCAUCCUACCGCUGAGCUCACAGCCAGAGGAGAGGGUGGGCAAGGCUCACUACAAACUGUGUGACCGCCUUAAGCUGGAGAAGAGACAGCGGAGGAUGUGCAGGCGAGACCCAGGCGUGGCUGAGACGCUGAUGGAGGCUAUUAGCAUGAGCGCCCUAGAAUGCCAGUACCAGUUUCGCUUUGAGAGGUGGAACUGCAGCCUGGAGGGACGGUAUCGAGCCAACAUCUUGAAAAGAGGCUUUAAGGAGACAGCCUUUCUUUACGCCAUCUCGUCAGCAGGCUUGACCCAUGCCUUGGCAAAGGCCUGCAGUGCUGGACGGAUGGAGCGCUGCACUUGUGACGAAGCCCCCGACCUGGAGAACCGCAAGGCCUGGCAGUGGGGCGGCUGCGGAGACAACCUCAAAUACAGCAACAAGUUUGUCAAGGACUUCCUGGGCAAGAGGUCCAACAAAGACCUGCGUGCCCGUGUGGAUAUGCAUAACACUAAUGUAGGCAUGAAGGUAAUUAAGGCAGGUGUGGAGACCACCUGUAAGUGUCACGGUGUCUCGGGGUCCUGCACCGUGCAGACGUGCUGGCGGCAGCUGGCGCCCUUCCACGAGAUCGGCAAACAGCUCAAGCAACGCUACGAGACCGCGCUAAAGGUGGGCAGCUCCACCAAUGAGGCCACGGGCGAGACGGAGAUCUCUCAGCCUGGCCGCGCCCAACACCCCAACCAGCAGGCCCCGCCGCUUGGCCCGCGUUCUGACCACAUACUCCGCACCACCCACCUCCUGUACAUCGAUGACUCGCCCAACUUCUGCAAGCCCACCAAGUACUCAGCAGGCACAACGGCGCGGAAGUGCUACAAGGACAAGAACUGCGACGCGAUCUGCUGUGGCCGCGGGCACAACACUCAGAGCCGCGUGGUGACUCGACCCUGUCAGUGCCAGGUGCGUUGGUGCUGCUACGUGGAGUGUAAGCAGUGCACGCAGCGUGAGGAGGUCUAUACUUGCAAGGGCUAGUCCAGACUAGUCAAAUCACGAGCGAGUGCUGGAACGAUCUCCUCUCACAAAAGAAGGAGAAGUGGAGAGAG